CCGGACACAGCCACCGGUGCGCGUUCACUCCCUGUGCCCUUUGCGACCCGAUUCCAGUCUUCUCUAUCGGAGUCCGCGUAUUCCUGACUGAACUGCCGUAAUUGGAAUUCUGGGCGGCCAUGGAUGACGAUGAUGCCGACUACAUGCAAGGAAGCGAUGAUGAAGACUACGGCUUCGACUACUCUGACGGUGACGACGCAGAAGAUUCAGGAAGUGCCGAUGUUGAAAAUAUGUAUUACAAGGCGAAGUCCAAGAAGGACGACAAUCCGGAGGAAGCUUUGAAAGAUUUCAAGGCGAUAGUUGACCAGGAGACUGAGAAGGGCGAUUGGGGUUUUAAAGCAUUGAAACAAUCCACCAAGCUAUUGUUCCUGGUCCUCAAGCGUCCGCAUGAUGCACUCAAGACGUAUACUCAGCUUUUGACUUACACGAAAUCUGCGGUGACGCGAAAUUACUCGGAGAAAUCCAUCAAUGGUAUCCUGGACUACGUUGGCGGUGGCAAAGGCGGACAAGUCGAUGUCGAUGUUUUGGAGCAAUUCUAUCAAGUCACGAAAGUGUCUUUGGAAGAUGCUAAGAAUGACCGACUUUCCGCCAAGACUAAUCUGAAGCUUGCGAAGCUGUGGCUAGACCGCAAAGAAUUCACUCGCCUUUCCAAGAUCAUCCGUGACCUCCACCGUGCUACUGAGCAAGAUGGGGAGAAUGACGAAACCCAAUCUCAGCACGGCACACAGCUUCUCGAAAUCUAUGCCCUCGAGAUUCAGAUGUACAACGAGAUGAGGAACUUCAAGAAGCUCAAGGAAAUCUAUAACGCAACUAAUGCUGUCCGCUCUGCCAUUCCACAUCCUCGAAUCAUGGGUGUCAUCAAGGAGUGUGGCGGCAAGAUGUGGAUGGGAGAACGCCAAUGGAAUCGCGCCUCUGAAGAUUUCUUUGAAUCCUUCCGCAACUACGAUGAAGCUGGGUCCCCUCAACGCAUUCAAGUCUUGAAGUAUCUCGUUCUCGCGAACAUGUUGACCGGAAGUGAGGUCAAUCCGUUCGACAGUCAAGAAACCAAACCAUACAAGACGGACCCACAAAUUAAAGCCAUGACCGAUCUCGUUGACGCAUAUCAACGUCGGGAAGUUCAUUCCGCCGAGAAGAUUCUCAAAGACAACCGUUCGACAAUCAUGGACGACGCUUUCAUUCGGGCAUACAUCGGCGAACUGCUUCGCAGUCUCAGAACCCAGUACCUGAUCGACUUGAUCAAACCUUACACUAGACUGGAGCUUUCCUUCCUAGCCAAGCAACUGAAUGUUGAUAUCACCGAGGUCGAGGAGUUGCUCAUCGGUCUGAUUCUGGAAGGUAAGGUGGAGGGAAGAAUCGAUCAGGUCGGAAUGCGACUGGAGCUAGAUCGUAAGCAGAGCCUGGAGAAGAAACGCUACGCCGCUUUGAAUAAGUGGACGGAGGCUCUGGAGAAUGUGCACACGGCUGUGGUCGGGAAGACAGCGCCCAGCUCACGCUCAGUGAUGAGUGGCAUCACGGGCGGCGACUUGAGUGAAUUUGUUCCUCGAGACGAUAGGUGGAUGUUAUGAAUGUGCAUGCAUUGUCUGUCAACUGCCUUGCGCAUGAAUCUACUCGAACUGUGUAUUUUAUACUGCCAUGCCAUUUGUACACUUCAGCCCGAGCAAGUUCGAUCACGAGAGAGCACAUACACUAGAAAGGUCGGUCCAUGGGUUUCCAGUCAUAGUUCCAGCCUGUUUUUGAGGGCGUCUCGCUGGGAAUCUUGAGCUCGCGGGGGAAAAGACCACGUAUUCUGGCGUCAUAAGCUCGGCCUUCCAAAGCAGGCAUGGUCUUGAGCGUGUCCAUCUCCUUCUGGGACCUCCUCCUAGGAUCCUCGACCUUGUUGGCUUCGCUGUAGGACUUGGGGUCCAUCUUCCGCAGCUCCUCCAUGGCAAGUUUCAUGCUAUUAUAUUUGCGCGUGAUCUCCUCCUCUCUGCGUUUGCGCAGGUGGCGCUUGUGGAGCAGCCAGGCGCGCUCGAUAGUAUCAUGUGCUUGGACCGAGGGUAUGGCGCGUUGAAGGGUCUGGCGCACGUCCGGGCGCCAUGUUCCUAUUGGGGUGGCCUUGUUUCGGAUGUUGGCGGGGUAGAGAGUCCGUCGGAUGAGGGAAAUCCGAGGGUCACCCGCAGCGGCCUCUGCAGGUCGUGCGUACUGGCGGACUUGGGAAGGGACGAGAGAGCCCGAGCGCGGUUUACAGGAUGAGAGAAGGGUGAAGGACAUGUCGAAAAAAUCGCGUGGCUGUGUCGCCAUCAUCAGCUCUUUCCCCAGCCCCGCCAUGCCGCGAGACGCCCGUUCACGGCGUUCCCGUACGCGAUCUCGUUCGCGCUCUCCCGAUGCAUCGGAGGAAGAAGAGAUUCGCUUACCACACAAUGCAUCCGCUAUCUCUGAAUCCGACUACUUCCGUAAGGGGGACGAAUUCAGGGUGUGGCUUAGGUCUGAGAAGAGGAAGCAUUUCGAUGAACUUUCCAGCGACAGAGCACGGAGCUACUUUCGCAAGUUUGUCAGGGCUUGGAACAAGGGCAAACUAUCAAGCUCGCUCUACACUGGCGUAGAUGCGACUAGUGUGACCGAGGCACAGACGAGUUAUAAAUGGUCAUUUGCGUCGAAGCGCUCGCGUGCAGAUGACGAUGCACUCCGUGCUGUGCGUCAAGAAGUGGGGGCCGCAACAGAUGGCCGCGAAUCUGCUACUAAUUCAGCGCCUGGGUCAAGCCGCGUCCGGGGACCCACGCUCCCAUCGUCCGCCGACCUCGUUUACGCUCGCGAACUAGAACGCGAGAAUGAUGAUCGGGAUCGCGGUCUGAAGCGAAAGCGGGAUCGAGCAGACGCCAAGGACCGGGUCGAAGACAUGGUAGGCCCGAAAGAAGUUGGGCGGGAAGGCAUGCUGGAAAAGAAACGGGCGAAACGAGAAUCUGAUCGAGCGUUCCGUGAUAAAGCUGAUGAGGGAUUGGAGGCAGACGAAUCGGUUCUGAUUGGCAGCGGCGACAGUUUCAAAGACCAAAUUGCUCGCCGAGAUGCCGCACGUAAACGGCACGAAGCAGCCCGGGAAGAGAAGAUAUCAGCUUCACGAGAACGAACUCAAGCUCUGAGGGACAGGGAAGACAAAACGAUGGCCAUGUUCCAAGCCCUUGCGAAGCAGCGAUAUGGUUGAGAUGGUAUGGUGUGGUAUUACAUGGUAUGGCAUGACAAGACACAUGUGUGAUAGUACGAACGCGAGAUAUGCGGCGCAUAGAAUGGUGGCACGAUGUCGUACAGGUUUGCUAUUCUAUCGUCCCCAUGCACGAUCUUCAGGAUCCAGCAUCUCAGG